AUGGAAGGGACUUUGGGGAUUAAUGUCCGAAAGAACCACGGUUAUGCGCUGCCGAUCUCAUUGGCUGCUGGAGCUGUUGUAGUUGGCAUUGCUGCAGUUGUUUAUCAUUACAAGGAUCGUGCUGUUGGAACAAGAGAUCCCAAAACAAUGGGCCUUCCGCUAUUAAAGAAUCCUUCGCCAUUACUCGGUCAUGCACUAGAAAUGAUUGCUGUGAAUGAAUAUAGGGUUGAAUGGCUGGUUGACAAAUGCAGAGAGCUUGGGGAAGCAGCCGCUUUUACUCUUCCAUUCCAAAAUUCCAUGUUAACUGUGAACGUGCAAGAUGUGGAAUUCAUCGUCAAAGAUCCAUACUUGUUCGAAAAGGGUGACAAGUUUCGUGAGCUUGCUAAUGACUUCCUCGGCCAUGGGAUUUUCAAUUCCGAUGGCCAAGAGUGGCGCAUGGCUCGUAAAGUCAGUGCAAAUAUCUUUAAUGCCAAGAACUUUAGCGACUUGUUCAGUAACGUCUUUGUUGAAGAAUCACAAAAGUUGGUAGGCCAAAUUCGAACUGCAGCAUCAAUGGGUGGGAUAAUCGAGUUGCAAGAUUUGUUAUUACGGACUACCCUUGACAGCUUCACGUUCAUUGCAACGGGUCGUAGAACAAGUGCUAUAGAAGGAAAGGGUGAAAUCAACGCCGAUGGUGUGUAUAGCCUCCCACUUGAACCUUUCAUGCAAGCACUCGAUGGAGCCAACCAAAUCACGUCGACACGAGUCAUUAUUCCAUUUUGGCCCUUUAUGGAGUAUUUUAACGGUGAUCGUGCUAAAAUGGAUGGAUAUCUGAAGAUUCUGAACGACUUUGCAAAGCAAGUUGUUGAUGAGAAGCGCGCCAAGAUUGCGGCUGGUCAUAAAGGUUCAGACCUUUUGGAUCUUUUUAUAAGCAAAGGAAAUGAUGACGGAACACCAUUGACAGACACUCAACUACGUGAUAUUACUCUAAAUUUCAUCGUUGCAGGUCGAGAUACAACUGCACAAACAUUGGGUUGGACGUUCAUGCGAAUGUCUCAGAAUCCCGAAGUCGAAAAGAAAUGUCGAGCUGAGUUACUUGCUGUUUUGGGUAAAGACGGUCAAUACACUUUUGAAACAUUCAAGGAAUUGAAGUACACGAAUGCAACCUUCUUGGAAGCUCUACGUCUCCAUGCAAACCUUCCACUCAAUCUGAAAACAGCCUCUGCGGACUGUGUCCUUCCGGGAACCGGAACACCUGUGAAAAAAGGUGAUUCCAUCUUCUUAUCACCCUACGUUAUGGGUUACUCGACAUCCUAUUGGGGACCUGAUGCAGCUACCUUCCGGCCUGAACGAUGGAUUGAUCGGGAAGGACAUCUGAUCAAGCCCAAUCAAUUCGCGUUUCCACACUUCCAUGCUGGGCCCCGUAUAUGUUUGGGCAUGAAUAUGGCUCAACAAGAAGCUGUCGUAUUCAUGUCAAACAUCAUUCGUAACUUUUCUCUUGAACUGGUUCGUGAGGAUUCCCCAGAACAUUGGGCUGUAUUUUCCGAGGAUCCCUCUAAACGACGCGGUCGUUAUUCACCUGCAUUUUCACUCAGUGCUCGAGGAGGCAUACACUUUAAUCCCAUUUUGCUGUGA